AUGGACACGAGUCACGUGUGGCCCAUCAAGCUUGCUAGGGUAAUCAAAGUGCUGGGCAGGACCGGUUCGCAGGGACAGUGCACGCAGGUACGUGUGGAAUUUAUGGAUGACACCAGCCACUCCAUCAUCCAAAACGUCAAAGGUCCCGUUCGAGAGGGAGACAUGCUCACCCUAUUGGAGUCAGAAAGGGAGGCUCGGAGGUUGCGUUGA